AUGAAUGAGGAUGCUGACGGCAACGCACUGGUCGUCCCUCAAUUGGCGUCAUCACCUUCAUCCCGUCACACAGUGGAGAGCAGUCCACGUGCACUGCUAGACGGAGGCGUCGAGUCGAACCACAUGGUGGCACACAUUGCUCGGAGAGGGGAGGGAGGUGGUGAGGUUGGCUGGCAUGAGGGGAAGUGUAGUGGUGAUGGAGUGGCAGUGGCAGAGUGA